CUUCUCACUGUCAGCCAUUUUUUUUAACACUGAUGGAUGGGUUCAAUGGAGAUACCUUUUUUAUCGAGAAAUUGGUCAUGUACGAUUUGAGAAUUAGUUCACACGCCACCGUCCCAGAAUUUGUGGUUGAAUUACAUAACCAAGUCAUACGCCGACGAAAUUGCAGUAAAUUGAGAAAUCAUUUUGAGUAGCAAAAUAAAGGAAUAAUUACUGUUUUGUUUUGGCUCUCGAGAUGGCAAGCAUCAGGCCAGCUUGGAGACAGUGUUUCCAGCAAGUGAGAUCUCUUCAUGCCUCUUCAUGUCAGAAUGCCGAGGCCAGGUUGAAGACCUUCUCGAUUUAUCGAUGGAAUCCGGAUAAACCUGAUGAGAAACCCUACAUGCAGGACUACUCUGUGGACCUGAACACCUGUGGACCGAUGGUCUUGGAUGCGCUGAUAAAAAUAAAAAAUGAAAUAGAUCCAACUUUGACAUUCAGAAGGUCCUGCAGAGAGGGAAUUUGCGGUUCCUGUGCCAUGAACAUCGGUGGAACCAACACCCUUGCCUGCAUCAGCAAGAUCGACAGCGAUGUCAAGAGUUCCAGUAAAAUCUAUCCUCUCCCUCACAUGUACAUCGUUAAAGAUCUCGUUCCGGAUAUGAAUAAUUUUUAUAAUCAGUACAGGAGCAUUCAGCCCUGGCUCCAACGCACGGAUGGAAAGAAAGUGGGAACACAACAGUAUCUGCAGAGCGUUGACGAUCGUAAAAAAUUGGAUGGUCUUUACGAGUGCAUUUUGUGCGCCUGCUGCAGUACCUCGUGCCCCAGCUACUGGUGGAACGGAGAUAAAUACCUGGGGCCUGCAGUUCUCAUGCAAGCAUACCGAUGGAUUAUCGAUUCUCGAGACACCCAGACCAAAGAACGUCUGGACAAAUUGCGUGAUCCUUUCUCGGUCUACCGAUGUCACACCAUCAUGAACUGCACGAGAACGUGCCCCAAGGGUCUCAACCCUGGAAAAGCUAUUGCUGAGAUAAAAAAAUUACUCGGCAAUGUAAUACAGAAGGACAAACCAGGUCUCAACACCACAGCUCUUCAUCACUGAGUCUAGAAACCUGUAGAUUUUUCUCAAGCCAAGUAAUCAAUAAAAAAAAUAUUUGAUAAACAUGUAUAAAGAUGAUUGAGAUAGUUGAAUAAAUUUCGUGGUUCUACGAA